AUGCCCGAAAUUUUUGUCAAGAAGGGCAUUCCCAACAUUCACAAGUUGGGCCUAACUUGGCGUUUCCGAUUGGAAGAGAAAACCAGGGUUGCCAAUGUGGAAUCAACUCAAUUGUCUAACGCCACCAACAAGACCAAUGGUUUCUCUCCUCGCAUCUUAAAUGACAACGAAGCAGUCAAAUACUUGAAGAAAUUUGGUUUCCAACAACAAGAUGGAAACCUAUGGUUGCCUCCAAAACGAGGAGGAAUCCAGGUACCGGAACCAAUGACCCUCGACGAAACUCGCGUAUUUGUGCGCGCACAUGGAUCGUUCAAUGGCCAGCGUCUGCGAGUGAAGACUGGACGAGACGCUCCUUGUGAAGACAUACGGCAACUAUUAGUCUUCGACUGUGGGGAGCAACAUCACUUGCUCCACUCCCAACGUUUUCGGAGUAUGUGGCUACGCAUCCUACUGGAGGUCAAGAAACAGAAGCUAAUGUCAGCGCCGCAGAAGAAUCUAACGGCGACAAUCCACUUCCGGCAGCGACGACGCUACAGUCUGAGGAGGAUGGUGGCACCCAUUUGGUAUCACCUGCCUCCGCCACGGCUGUUUCAACCCAACACCUCUGGUGGCAUGGCGGCAGUGACGACUGCACUGGCCAAUGACGAUGACAAUCUGGCCUCAAUGAUGUUGACGACGACAUCCAUCGGGUAUCGCCUGCGACAAGCCUACGUGCCUCUGGUGCUAUGA